CAAAAAAAAAAAAGUAUAGAAGAAAAGAGCCAAAUCAUAAUGGAAAAAGUAGAGAUUGUUCUUAAUUCACUUCCUAUGAGCGGAGGCGAUGGCCCCAACAGCUAUUCUAAGAAUUCCCAUCUGCAGAGAAGAUCAGCAAGUUUGUUGAAAGAGACAAUAGACAAGUUGAUAACGGAGAAACUUGACGCAAAAAACCUAAUCUGUGACUCGAACACAUUCUGUAUAGCUGACCUUGGUUGUGCAACUGGACCAAACACAUUCUUUCUCGUCCAAGACAUCAUCAAAUCUGUUGAAACCACCUUAGAUUCAAACUCCACAAAGGCAGAGUUCCUUGUCUUCUUCAACGACCUCACAAAUAACGACUUCAACACUCUCUUCACAUCUCUACCUCAAGACCGGAGUUACUUUGCGGUCGGUGUCCCUGGUUCGUUCUAUGGACGUGUUCUUCCUCAAUCCUCCGUUCAUAUUGUGGUGACGUUGGCGGCCACACACUGGCUUUCAAGUGUUCCAAAGGAGCUCUUGGACAAAAGCUCCAAGGCAUGGAAUAAGGGAAAGGUUCACUACUCAAACGCGGCGGAAGAAGUCGUGAAGGCAUAUGAAGACCAGUUUGGUCGGGACAUGGAGAAGUUUCUGGAAGCGAGGGCUCAAGAAAUAGUGAGUGGAGGUCUUUUGGUUGUUGGAAUGUGUGGGAUUCCUCAAGGAAUGCCUUUCUCCAAUCUUGCCGACAGUAUCAUGUAUACUUCCAUGGCUGAUGUUCUCAUUCAAAUGCAAUCCCAGGGUUUGAUCAGUGAAGAGCAAGUCGAUAGCUUCAACAUACCGAUCUACUCGGCAUCGCCUGAGGAGGUAGCAGCCUUGGUAGAGAAAAAUGGCUGCUUCUCUGUCGAAUCUAUGGAGCUGAUAGACCCCACAGCAUGGCUCAAACGGCCAAUGGACGUAGAGGAUGUAAGGCAAUGGAUGGUUUGCAUAAAGGCCACAAUGGGAUCUCUCUUCAUCAAUCAUUUCGGUGACCAUCUCCUGGAUGACAUCUUUGACCGUCUCACAGCCAGACUCGUUGGACUGACCGAUGAGGUUGAAUCUAGCUAUCGUGAGAAGGUCAUGUUGUUUUUUGCGUUGAAACGAAUAUGAUUUUUUUAUUUGUCCAUGUUGGCCACCAGAUAAUUUAAUAUUGCACUCCUGAGGGUUCAAAGAAUAUUGGUUGACCUGGUUGCCGGACACUGUGGUUAAUUAAAAAAAAAAAAAUUUAUUUGGCAAGAUUUUUUUCGUUGUGUUUGGUUUGGGUUGGUUUUAAUCCGGUUGAUGGAUCAAUUGGUAUAGUUGUGUGAUUCCCUAUUACGUA